AUGCUGUUUGCGGAUGAUUUUGUCGGUAUGUCGGACACCCCUGAGGGACUGCAACUGCAAAUUGACGCGGCGAAGAAGUUUACUGAUAAGUGGAGAUUGUCUGCCAACGUUCAGAAGAGUGCCGUCAUGGUUUGCAACGAGAGCAAGGAGGAACCAGCUGAACAUAGAUGGAAGUGGGGGAUCGAGGAGAUUGCAGAAGUGGACCAGCACACAACCUCGGACGGACUCGUACCGCCGCUAGAGUACGCCGGAGAAGUAUGGGAAGGAAAUAAGAAGGUAGUGAAAGAACUCGAGGCGGCGCAGGUGAAAGCAGCGAAAAUCAUCGUAGGGUGCUCCAAGCGCACAAGUAAUGCAGCCGUCAGGGCAGAAUCGGGGAUCCAAUCCCUACGGUGGGGGAGAGACGCGAGGAAGCUGACCUGGCAGUAUCGCAUGUGCGGGAUGGGAGAGGAGAGGUUGCCAAGGAUUGUAUGGGAGGCGAAGUGGGCAAACAAAAAGAGGGGUAGACAACGCACGGAAUCGGUCAAGGUUGUAGAGGACGUAUGGAAGGGGCUCGACAUCGACGAAGAUGAAACGCUGGAAACGAGGGGUCGUGAGUUCGAAUCUCCAUGGGGUGAAAAAUUUACGAAGUAUGCGGGUGAAAGCGAAACAUAG